GGGCCUUCUCUGCCCGCGCUUCCCCCGCCACGCCGAUGGCUUCCGCCUCUGCGCGGCGGGCCGCCCGCCGUCCCGCGCCCUCGGGCGCUGCGAGCCUGCGCGCUGCGGCGCCGUUCCUGAGAGGCGCGGCGGGCGGGGGGCAGGGCGCUGGGUCUCGGGCCCGCUGAGGGGGACUGGCUGCCCUCCGGCUGCCGGGGGUCGCCGGGCCGCCCCGGCCUCCUGAGCGACAGCAGCGGCUCAUGGUCCGUGUGGUGCCACCGCCACUUGUGACCGUGUCGCCUGUGGCAGGGGCCGUGAGCGGCCCGCGGCCCUCAGCAGCCGCCCAGCGGCGGCUCGCCCUCGCCACCCCCGCAGGUCCCGCCCCGCCGCCGGUUUGUCCCCGUCAGUCCCUGUCGUGAGGCCAGGAACAGGGAAAGCGCGGAGGGCGGCCUGUCCCGUGGGAGCCCUCGGGGAGCACAGCCUCGUGGGGCGGGCCCUGCUGCCUGGCAGUGAGUGCUUGGAGGAAGGAGCAAGCUUUGUCCUAUGGCUGUUCCAAGAAAGGUGGCAGCUUUCCGUCUGCCUCCCCUGCCAACUGUUGGAGAGAUUAUAAAACUUUUUCGCCUUAAAGCACAGAAGCAACUUUCCCAGAACUUUCUACUGGAUUUGCGAUUGACAGACAAGAUAGUGAAACAAGCUGGCAACCUGAAAAAUGCUCAUGUUUGCGAAGUGGGCCCUGGGCCAGGAGGAAUUACCAGAUCCAUUCUCAGUGCCGGUGUUGAACAGCUCCUUUUAGUUGAAAAAGAUGCUCGAUUUAUUCCAGGGUUGCAGAUGUUAUCCGAAGCAGCUCCAGGAAAAGUGCGCAUUGUUCAUGGAGAUAUCCUGACAUACAAGAUGGAGAGGGCUUUUCCAAAGCACUUAAAAAGGAACUGGGAGGAUGAGCCACCAGAUAUACAUAUAAUUGGGAAUCUGCCCUUCAGUGUUUCAACUCCACUAAUCAUCAAAUGGCUUGAUAAUGUUUCCAAAAAGGACGGACCUUUUAUUUAUGGCAGGACACAGAUGACAUUGACUUUUCAGAAGGAAGUUGCAGAGAGGCUUACAGCUAAUCCAGGAGGGAAGCAGCGUAGCAGACUGUCCAUCAUGUCUCAGUAUCUCUGCACUGUUGAAAACUGUUUCAUAAUUCCAGGUCAAGCCUUUGUUCCAAAGCCAGAGGUGGAUGUGGCUGUGGUGCAUUUCACUCCAUUGGUGCAACCGAAAAUAGAGCAGCCAUUUGAACUAGUAGAAAAAGUGGUUCGAAGUGUUUUCCAGUUUAGAAGAAAAUACUGCUUCCGUGGAAUCGAGACCUUGUUUCCUGAAAGUGGACGUUUGAAAAGAACAGAGCAGCUGAUGAUGACAGCAAAUGUUGAUCCAACUCUGCGUCCUUUUCAGCUCUCCAUGUCACAGUUUAGAAACCUGUGCAAUACAUACAGGAAAAUGUGUGAUGACGACCCAGGUCUUUUUGUGUACAAUUACAGAGAAGAACUACGGCAAAAAAAGAAGAAGAGGAGUUCACCUAAAAGUACCAAUCAGCCUGAACACACUGAAGAAGAAAAUCAGCUGUAAUCAGCAGUGGACUGAUUUUUAAAAGAGAUUUCUUUAACUCCCUGAUUGAGAGGUGUUGAUUAAGUAAAAAGAGGUUUAUAUAGUCCUACAUCUGUGCAGGUAUGGAAGAAAUACUUUGGAGAAAGUGGUGGAGAGAGAGGGCUUUCCCAUUUUAUUUAUUAAUUCCAUUCAGCUGUAGACAAAAGUGAAAGAACAGCCCAGUUACAAGGGGCCUACAAGUUCUUUUUACUUCAGGGGAAUGGCUAGAACACAUACUAAGAACGUGGUAUGUUAUGAGACGUGUCAUUAAGUUAGCAUACUUCUAAUACAGUUGAGUUUUGUAUGAAAGAAAGUGCAUUAUUGAAAAGUAAGAAAAAAAUAUUUUUCAUACUUUAGCAUGUAAGAUGGUGAUUGGUUUUUUUGUGCUCUUUUCAUCCUGGAACAACCAUGCAGAGUAAUUUAGAAAACAGAAGUCAAAACUCUUGUAUAAAUAUACUGAAGUGACAGGGCUAAAGGAGGAUAAAGUGUGCAGUUUGCCUCAAGGCCUACUAAUAUUCUUCUCAUUUAUGCAAAAGCAAAGAAUUGGGGAUGUACAGCUUCAGCAAGAAAAGCAGCAUGAUAAAAAGUAGAAAACAUGGCUAAGUACAAUACUUAUUUGUCUUUUACUGUACAGGGUAGUAGAGAAAUAAAAAAUACAGUCAAAUAAAAGAUUACAGGCCAAGCUUUGUUUCUGUAUUUACACAUGUAUAAAGUAUAAACAGCAUCUUGAAACUUACAAAAAUGAAAUUUCUGCACUAUUGUGCACUGAACCACAUUAAAAUAACUUAAUUCUGCUUUAAAUAAAGCAAAAAUGAAAACCAAAGAAAUAAAAUGCCCAAGGUAUGGAAAAA